UCCGACAGUACCUGAAAGCAGCAAGAGUUCGAAAAGUAUGGCGGCGGAGUGUUUGACAACACUAACGGAGCAAUGGAUACGGGACAGAUUACAGUUAAAACAUCCCUGUCUCGGUGAUGUCCGCUCACUGAGCCUCCCGGGGACGUAUGAGGAAAAGAUCAGACAUCUGGGAAACGCACUGAACAACUUUGUCCGUCUGAAGUCUCUGGAUCUGUCCUGCAAUGCACUCGUCUCUGUCGAUGGUGUGCAACACAUGAAAAAGCUGGAGAGGCUGAUCCUGUACUAUAACUGCAUACCCUCCCUUGAAGACGUGAAAGUGCUGUAUGAGCUGCCAGCUCUGAGAGAGCUGGACCUCAGACUCAACCCUCUGACUAAAAGUUAUCCAAACUACCGCCCUUAUCUGGUGCAUGCCAUGCCCAACCUGCGCAAGCUCGAUAGCUGUUUCGUCAGAGACACUGAGCGCAAAGCUGCCAUAAUGCAGUUUUCCUCUGACAUUCUACCUGAGCAGAGGAGCUCCUGUCUAAAUCAGGUUGAAGACCAAAGAAGCAGUAAUCAGAGACUGGCUUUAGUGGACCGCUUAACCAAGAGGCUCUCCCUCCUGACUGACACUGAUGAUAUUGUACUGAACUUUGUGGCAAUGAAUCAUAGCGAUCAAAGUGAAAUCUCUGACUCUGUUCACAAGGAGGCAGAUGUCUCAGAACCUAGGGAGGAAAAAUCACAAGAUUUUAUAGAACAGAGGAGUUCAACUCCAAAACAGGAAACAGCAAAAUCCAUCCUCAGGUAUCCCCCCACAAAAUAUGAUAACACUGAGUCCAAAGUGCCACAAACAAAAGAUCCAUCUCAUAAAAAAGCUUGUACCUCAUUGAAAGUGACCGAAAGACCAAAGGUGUCCUUCGGGCCCUAUGUAGAGAAACGCAGACCUGUGCCUGGAAAACAAAAGGACUUCACCAAACAAACCAGACAUGCAGCCAAGGGACAUUUCACCCCCAAUCCUGAUCAAUGUCAGCGUCACAGUUCUUCAUUUAUUAAUAUCCGUCCUCCAAGUCCACACCGACCUGGUUUGAAUCUGUCUGACCCUUCUAACCCCAUCUUACAUCCUCCAAGACUGACCUACUCCAGCUUCAACAAGACAGAAGGGGGCUCCAGCCUGCUGCAGCAAGCAGAAAAGAAAAAAAGGGGUAGUUACAGGAAACCCCUGGAGAUGCUUCUCAACCUCGUGGACAAACACUGGACCGGAGAGAGAUCACUGCAUCAUAACAACAACUUCCUGUCCCAGGCAGUCCAGAUCCUCUCUAUGAUGGAAAACGAUAUUUCCAGCCGGGAGGCCGAGGUCAGGACCUUAAGACGGGAAACUGAUGCACUGAGAUUUCAAGCGGCCGCACGGGAGGAAGAGCACAAAACUGAAGUCCGUAACCUCUCAGCUCAGCUGGAGGAAACUCACUGUGCAAUUGGCAAACUAAAUGAGCAGCUGAGGAUUGUCUUGGAGGAAAAUGUCGCUCUACAGAAGCAACUUAUCAAGUUAGAACGACAGUAUCUCAGGUCUAUGAUGAAAAGUUCACCUAUCACUCAGAUUAAAGAGGCUCAGACAGAAGUGGAGGAGCUGAGGAAAGAGAUCGAGGGGCUGAGGGAGAAAGUGCAGGAGGCUGAGAAAGUCAAGGAGCUGUCAAAUAUGCUGCAAGAAAGCCACAGGUCCCUGGUGGCUACUAACGAGUGUUUGCUCGCUGAGCUGAAGGGAAGUGGGGAAAAUUAAAGAGGAAUUUGAAUGAGAAGAAUGCACACCAGUAUGAAAAUAUCAAAGAGAGACUAUGGUGAGCACCACAUUAGAAUUGCAGUCACUGCAUGAGGCCUAGCAGCUAAAGACUAUUUUUAAAUUCAUUUUUUACUUUAUUUAUAUCACUGCAGUGUACAUUAAUUUUUUGUAUGUAUUAAGCUGCUAGCCCCUUUGAAAAAUGAAUUGUUGAUUAUUUAAAAAAAAUAUAUGUAUAGGCAGUGUUUGCUUGAUGUAAACAAUAAUGUGGAAAGGCAAUUUGUUCAAGCAAGGUUGUGUAUAAGUGUGUGACAGGGCUGUUAUGUUAACAAAUGAUUUUAGGGGAAAAAAUGUUAGUGAGAUGUAUUUCCUGGAUCAGCGGCAAGAUUGCGUCUCUCUUGGGUGUUUUUCCCAGUUUUUUAUUUAUUUUUUUUAGGUCAGUUGUGUCUCCAUCUGCUUUGUACACUGCAGUGGAAUGAAUGCAUCUAGAUUCCAGCUGCACUGUGACUUUAUUUAUACCUCCGCCUUAGGGUUGGAAAGCUACACAAAUACAUACACACACACAGACACUUUCCUCUCACAGACACUAAUGCAAGACCUGGCAAACCAGGCUAGGUUGUGGAUUCUACGUAACUGAAUCAAAUGUAGCUUUUUACUUGAAUGUUACAGGUCACUGGUUGGUGCUACUGGUGGGGAGGUUCAGUGUCCCUGAAAAACAAUAAGAAUAGGAAACAUAAUAUUUUGACUGGCACCCACGCAACCUGCUCAACAGAGGUUCUCGGGUGUGAUUUUUUUUUUUAAUUUAAUUUUUUAUUUUCAAUAAAGCACUACAAAUCAUGAACACACAUUAAGAAGUCUAAAGAACAAGAACAGAAACACGCUGCAUGCACUGGGGCACAAUAGUACAUUAAAAGUUAUUUGAAAAAAAUAAAAUAAGACAAUAUCGUUCCUCCACAUUAAAGGUGCACAAUAUUUGGCAUUAAGCACAGAAAACAGAUCAUAUUCAAGCUAUUGCAGCAGACAAAAACUAACACAAUGAUAGCUGCUAGUUUUGCUCUUAAUGCGUGAUUCUUCAUCAGCUGAGGCUACAGGUAGUGUGUGACAAGUGUGGCAGAAACACUGUCACUAUGUUGGAAAAAUAUUAUUCUACAAAAGUAUAUUACUCAUUUGCAGUUUUCCCUUUAUCUCAGUAUACUGUAUAUCAGGAUACAACAGUAAAACCCUGCUUUUGUUUGUAGUUGAAUUUGUGCCUUGGAUGACAGUACCACAUAACAGGUACUCUAAAUCUUUAUCAAUAGACAAAUAUAAAAACAUUAGAGGGUAGCUGACUUUGUACAAGUUGAUACAUAUUGAUUUCAAGCAAUAACACGAUUUUAUCAUGAUCCCACAGUUUCAUCACUUAAUAUAUUUUUAGCAAGAAAAUAAUUAAGUUUGUCCAGUAGUCUGUCCUCACAGCAGGCACAGCAGUUCAGAUAAGAUAUGACAAACUUGCACUGUCGUCUAUAUGCUUCUGAAUUAAAUGCAAUAUACAGAACAUGCACAAAGUACAGCAAUACAGGAGAAAUAAAAAAAAAAACAUAUGAAGCCAGUG